AUGUCAGGCACAAACCCCGAGAAGCCUCCCAUCCAGCCGGAGCAGCAGCUCUACCCCCAAUCUAUCGCCGACGAUUCCCAUCACCAGCAGCAGCAACAGCAGCAGCAGCAGCAGCAGCCGCCUCAAUACACCUCGGGCGCGACGCAGUACAACCCCGACCAGAAGAGCGAGCUUCCUGGCGACCACGUCGGCCAGGGCCAGCCUCAGUACUUCCCCCCUCCGCCGCCCGGCCCGCCGCCCGCGAACCAGCCGCAGUUCACACACGCUCCCCAACCACAGCAGCACUCUCAAACCCCGCUCGCCCAAUAUGCUACCGGCCAGCAGCACGCCGAUGCCGCCGCCGCCGCCGCCGCCGCUCCCGGCUACAACCCCGCCGACCACGGCGCCGGCCACCACUACGCCGCACACUUCGACGGCCCUCCCGGCAGCGCCGCACCGGCCCACACCCAAAGCGGCCCCUACACGGACCCCGCGGCGGCCCACGCGGCUUACAUCGCCGACCCCCACAAGGAGAAGAAGGGCUGGGGCGAGCGCCUCUCCCAGAUUGGCAUGAAGGCCGCCGUCCCCAUCAACGCGCUGGCCAACAAGAUGGGCUCCCAGAGCUUCCUGCCCACCACCAUGGACAAGGAGUGCGAGAAGGCCGCCAAGAUCCUCAGGAGCUUCUGCAAGGAGGGAAUCACAUCCGACGUGCCCGCGCAGGCGCAGUCCACGACGACGUCGCCGACGGCAACCAAGGACAAGGCCCGCAAGGAGCACAAGGCCAUCGUCAAGAUCCCCUCCAAGGUCAUCAACAAGGCCGUCGGCCUCGCCAUCUUCACCACCGCCCGCGCCGGCUUCAACUUCUCCGGCGCCACCGGCUCCGGCGUGCUCGUCUCCCGCCUCCCCGACGGCUCCUGGAGCCCGCCCUCGGGCAUCCAGGUUCACGCCCUCGGCGCCGGCUUCAUGAUCGGCAUCGACAUCUACGACUGCGUCUGCGUCAUCAACAGCCGCGACGCCCUCAACGCCUUCACCGGCACCCGCGUCUCCCUCGGCCCCGACGUCGCCGUCGUCGCCGGCCCGUACGGCGCCGGCGGCGUGCUGGACGUCGGCGCCUCGUUCGGCGGGAAGCACGCCGAGGACAAGAAGACGGCGGACGCCGCCGAGCAGGCGGACGCGAAGCCCUCCGCCGCCGCCGCCGACGACGACGGCAAGCUGAGGCCCGGCGAGAAACAGAAGCGCAGGAGCAGCAGCUCCUCCAUCAAGCCCGUCUUCUCCUACGUCAAGUCCCGCGGCUUCUACGCCGGCAUCCAGGUCGACGGCACCGUCGUCACCGAGAGGAAGGACGCCAACGCCGCCUUUUACGGCCAAAAGGUCACCGUCGACCAGAUCAUCAAGGGCCAGGUCCCCCCCCAGGGCCCCGCCGGCAUGUGGCCCAUGGGCGCGCAGGCCCUCUUCGACGCCCUCCGCACCGCCGAGCAGCAGAAGCCCCUUCCAGAGGUCCACCUCCCCCAGGCGACGCCCGGCCAGGCCCCUCCUCAGGGUUCUAUCCCUCAACAGCAGCAACAGUACGGCGGAGGCAGACCCGAGGGAACCGGCAUCCCGGCCUAUGGCCAGCCUCAAUACACCCACUCGGAGGGCGGCGGCCCCUUGGGGUCACACCCACCCGGCCAGGGUCCCACCGCCUCGAGCGCUCUGAAUCGCGAAGAGCAGCUCCCCGGUUACGUCGAGGACGGCGUGGCGCGCCCAGACGUGGGCGACCACAAAACUCAAUACCAGUAG